AUGUAACAUCCUUUUCCGGUUUUGAAAGCCGUGUAAUGGAUUGAUCUUAGGUAGACUUCCAUAAUUUAUCAGUCUUAAUCAUUGGUAUAGGAUAAAAUUAGCAAAAUGUCGCAAGAACAGAUGACUUUGAGGGGUACCCUCCAAGGCCAUGGUGGAUGGGUUACUCAAAUUGCAACUAACCCUCAGUAUCCAGAUACCAUUCUAUCAGCAUCGAGAGGUAAAUCGUUGAAUUCAUUUGUUUACAAAUGGGCUAACAUUCUUUUAGUAGUACAAUGUAAAAUAUGUGUCCUCAUAUUUGAUUUUGUAUCGAAGUUGUUGCCUAUAUUUCUUUUUUGGAGAAAGAAGUGUGAGAAAUAAAAUUUAGCCUAUGGGUCUGAACACCUACAAAACUGAAGUAAGUUAGUUUAGCUGAACUGAAUUUCUGAAGACAUUGUCUCACUAUCACUAACGGGAACCGUGCAGUAGAGACUGGUAGAGGUAUUAUUGGUUUUUUUUGCAAUCGUAGAAAAUGUACAGUGGAAAAAUAGCUGGCUGGUGAACCAAUAGGCCCUAUUCUUAUUAGCCAGAGAAAUUUUAAUUAAAUACAAACUGAUCAAACUGCAAAAAAAUAGUAUCAUUGAAUAGAAAGUGCAAACCAAAUAAAAAAAGGCAUGGCAUAGGCAAUAGAGCUAUUUUCCACUCCUGCCUAGGCAACUUAGUCCUCCCAUAUUCCCACACAAAAGUUGCUAUACAACCCUAAGCAAGCUUGUCAAAAAAUUCAUGCAGCAGCCUAACUCACUCCGAAGCAAGACUUCUAAAGUUAACUGCUGCUGUUUUGAGAUCACCAUUCUUUUUGAAAAUAUUAUCUUCCUUCAUUAGUAAUACUAGGACUUUGGUAUAAUUCUUUGAAGUGUCUACACGUCCGGCGCGCCGGACGUGUAGUGCGCAAGAUACACGUCCGGCGACUUGUCACGUGACCGCCGGACAUGGCCGGACGGCUAGUAGUUUUUAUAAUUCCAAACGAAGUACGAUUUUUGUCUACACGUCCGGCGCGCCGGACGUGUAGUGCGCAAGAUACACGUCCGGCGACUUGUCACGUGACCGCCGGACAUGGCCGGACGGCUAGUAGUUUUUAUAAUUCCAAACGAAGUACGAUUUAGUAAAUCUUGUCUGGUCUUGUGGUAGAGUGGUUGCUUGACGAUAGGAAUGUUUGAGGAUCUAUACCGGGAAUAGGGUCGUUUUUUUUCUUCCCAUUUUAAUUAAAAUAUUUUGUAUAUAUUUAUAUUAUCAUGUUCCUCUGCAACAGUAGUUUCAUGAGAAGUUUUUAAAUAUUUUGUAGCAAUUGAAAUAAUUUAAAAUGAAAUCUUUAACUUUUAUUGGUUGCCACACUGGCCCCUAAUUUAUUUUAUGGAUUACUGGUACACAAAAAAUAACAAACUAAACAAAAAUGUUUACAAGCCACUUUCACUUAAGUUUCUUUUUCUAUUAUUUGCAUUCAAGAUACUCAGUACAUUACUUGGUAGAGAAAUAGAUUUUAAAAUUAACAAUAGUUUUGAAUUAUUUGCAGUCACGUGACAAGGCUGACCGACACGAUAUCUCUCGCCACUUUGUUACGGCGGUCAUGUGACUUGGUCGCCGGACACAUAGUGCGGGAGAUAGACGUCCGGCUAGACACUGCCAUAAUUCUUAGCCUGAUUCUUAAAUAAAUAUGCACGCCAAAAUUGCUUGUGUUUCGAUUAGUUGAAAUCAAAAUACCUGUAUUUUGAAACUUGGGUGACAAAAGAGAGACUAUGCUUAAAUUGCAUUUGAAAUGAUCUUCUAGGGACUGAGUGGGGAGACCCCUCCCUUCACUAAGUACCAAAAUAAGAAACAGACACCCUCUGGGGAGGGGAGACACCACCCCCAGAACCCCUCCCCAAUUUACAAAAAAAUAUAAAUUAAAAAGAUAACUUGCAUUAUGUGAAUACAAAACAUCGAAAUCUUUUAAGCAUGGUGCUGUAGACUGAAAUGGACCUGGGGAACCUCCGCGACCUAUAUACCGUGGAACACAUUGUCGGCCUUAAAGCUAACUCAGCAGAAUGUUUUAAUACAGUAUGUACUAUCUGGAGAGGCAUCCCCCCCCCAAACCACACAACCGCAUACGGGAAAUCUAAACCCCCCCCCCCUUCAGUGUGUAUGUACUACUUGGAUUGGCCCCAGAUUGACUAAAAUUGGCACUAGGAGGGAACACUUUUUAAUACAGUAUGUACUAUCUGGAGAGGCAUCCCCCCCCAAACCACACAACCGCAUACGGGAAAUCUAAACCCCCCCCCCCUUCAGUGUGUAUGUACUACUUGGAUUGGCCCCAGAUUGACUAAAAUUGGCACUAGGAGGGAACACUAUGAUCAUCACCACUAUCAUGACAAAAAUUUGGCAAAUAUGUGAAUAUAAUAUAAUUAUUGAUGAUCCCCAACCAAUCGUAUCAGUUGAUUCAUUCACUUCUGGGUGCAGAAUGCAAAUUAAAACUAAAAACGGAAAAUGAACUUUUUAAAUAUUAAAAAAUAUUUCAGGUUAGGCAUAGGGAUACAUUUAGUUUAGGUUAAGCGACAGAAUUAACUGAUUGUGUCAACCAAGAUGGCGGAAACCCAGGGGCGAUCUCUCCAAAUUUACCAAAUCGACAUAUUGCAGCAAAAUAUAAGUUGAGUUAUAGCUAAUUGUUCCAUUGUGCGUAUACAUAUUUUUGAGGCAUGUUUUUUUCCAGACAAGAGUCUUAUCCUUUGGAAGUUGACAAGAGAUGAAACCAAUUAUGGUGUUCCAUAUAAAUCACUUCAUGGACAUGGGCACUUUGUAAGCGAUGUUGUUUUGUCCUCUGAUGGCCAGUUUGCCCUUUCAUCUUCUUGGGACAAGACUCUUCGUUUGUGGGAUUUAGUCGAGUAAGUGCUGUGACAGUUUUUAAAAAAUAUCACAUCAACAUCACAGGUUAUCUUAGGUCUUUGAUUUAAAUGUCACUAAUUUCGGGGUGGUACAGUAAAGUUUAAUUCUUUAUUUAAAUGAUGGCUUGACCAAAAGAUUUCAAAAUAAUUAAAAAUGGGUACCUGAGAAUAUCUAGAACAUUUAUCUUUCAUAAUAUUACCCAGUAAUAGUUAUUAGGUUUGAAAUUCACUCAUGUCUAAAUUUUAAAAAACUUUGGGUAUGAUAGGCACUUCGGGUAUUUGAGCUGUUAAUUUUGAAUAGCUAAUUUCAAUAACCAUAUUAUUUUUUUAUUAUUUUUUUUUUUGAAAGAGGAAAGACUACACGCCGUUUUGUAGGACAUGAAAAAGAUGUUUUGAGUGUGGCUUUCUCAGCUGACAACAGACAGAUUGUAUCUGCAUCACGUGACAAAAGCAUUAAGCUUUGGAACACCCUGGGUGUUUGCAAGUACACAGUGCAGGUGAUAAUAAAAUUACUUUCAGAAUUAACUGCAUAUGUUAAUUGCCAAAUGAUUACACAUUUUUCAUAAUUUAUUUGAUGAAAGUUGUUCUGCAAUUAUGAUGGCAAAUGGUCAUUAAAUCAUUACUCGGUAAUUCGCACCAUAAUUUAAAUAAUUUAAUCGAAUGAAUUAUUCAAAAUCCUAUUAAAUUAUUUUUUAUGUAGGAAGAUACUCACAAGGACUGGGUUUCAUGUGUCAGAUUCUCACCCAAUGCUUCCAACCCAAUCAUUGUGUCUUGUGGUUGGGAUAAAACUGUCAAGGUAGGUGCAUUGGAGACCUCAAUAUUAAUUUUAAACGCACCCUGAUGAUUAUGAAUAGAUCAUAAAUUAAAUUUGAUGAUAGUUGUUCUGCAAUUAUGAAUGCACAUUAAAGUGAAUUUAGAAAAAAAUGUUUAACUGAGUGUGUACUAUGUUAGUUGCAUACUAUUUUUAUUUUUACCCAGUGAUUUGGUAGAUCACAUGUUAGGGUUUGUGCCUAUUAAAUUCAUAUUAUUAUACUUUCAAAUCCUGAUUUGUUUCCAUUAUCAUUAUGGCUGAGUGUGAUUGUUAAUGUAUAAAUUUAGAUAUAUCGGAAUAUAGAUUUUGUGUUGGAAGAAAAAUAUUAAAGUUGUUUCAUACACUCAAUAACAAUGGCUUGGCACCAGCUUGUGUUACUGCAUGAAAUUUAAUUCUACACUACACCUUUAGUUUCUGCUCACGCCUUUCUAUUCUUUCUCAAUAUCGUCAUAAUUAAAACCCUUGCUGCCUGAUGAUUAUGAAUAGAGCAUAAUUAAAUGUGAUGAUAGUUGUUCUGCAAUUAUGAAGGCAUAAACAAAUUUAUUUCUGUUUAACUAGCUACUCUUAAAAUUAUGCAUCUUUCUUUAAUUGACAAGUAUUUGAACACAAUGCAUUGUGUGAAUUAAAAUAUUGGCACCAGUGAUUUCAAAGUUGAUAAUAUGAUGAUGGUUACAUUAUGUCGGCCUUAAUUAAAAUAAGCAUGUGAUAGAGGAGAGGAGAUGAUUCCAUGUAUUUUUUUCGUGUUGAGCCCAGAGCCAAUGCAUGACUUUUGAAGGCCACUUAUCAGUUUUAUGACCCUACAUGCAAAGUUGAUACUGGUAGUUUAAAUAUUUUUCCCCAUCAAAGCUUUCUAAGCCUUUGGCAUGAUUUUCAGGGUCCCUGUGACUGCUCCAUGUUUGGUAUUAAGCUAUUGAAAUCUUCACAGUAUUGAGAUUUGUGUGCAUGGCAUUAGUUGUAUCUUUAUGUGACGUUGUCACAGAAAGCCAUCGGUUUACCUAUUAUUUUAUGGUUCAAGAUCUUAAUCUUAAAAAACAUCCUGGGUGUUAGAUCACUUGUGUUAACAUCUAUAAUUUUGAAAGGAAUUAAAGGUGUGGAAUAACAUCUGACUCAAUGUAUAUUCAUAUAUAUUUGUAAUUGUCUCCAAAGGUAUGGAAUUUGACCAACUGCAAGCUCAAGACCAAUCACUUUGGCCACACUCAGUUUUUGAACUGUGUAACUGUGUCACCUGAUGGAUCACUUUGUGCUUCUGGUGGCAAGGUGGGUGUUGCUAUAUAUUAACCCACUCCUGUUUCACCUAUGUAAAAUAUCUCUAUGCCCAAGCAAAGGGCCAUAACAACUGCUAGGAAAGUACAGUAAACAGUUAUAAAUACAAUUUGAAAAUAUUUUUUAACCAUAUCAGAAAAAAUAAAUACAUUAAACAUUCACUGAUUAAAAUCUCUUGUCAAGUCUUACAACUACUGAUUUUUUAGAAUUUAAAAAAAUAUAAUGGUUAAUGAGAACUCAGGUGAUCAGAUUAUAUUUUUCUUAGUCUUCAAGACAGUUUUUAGAGUCAUUGUGUGUAAACACAAAAUUCAAUAUGAUUAAAACACAUAAUACAUUAAAUGUUUCUAUUGCAUUAUAUCAUGCACCUAGUUUGUAAAUGAUUAGUUUAUUUUCUCUUUCCAUAUUUUAGGAUGGUCAAGCAAUGCUUUGGGAUUUAAAUGAAGGCAAGCACCUUUAUACUUUGGAUGGUGGUGAUUGCAUCAAUGCCAUGUGCUUCUCACCUAAUAGGUACUGGCUUUGUGCAGCUACUGGGCCCAGUAUCAAGAUCUGGGUAAGUAUUCCGACUCUUUCAUAUCUGAGCCUUUUCUCUUCUCUUUCUUGUUCACAUAGGGAUUCAAUAAGAUAAUUGCCCUCAUGGAUUUUGAAGGAAAAGUUGUACUUUUUUAAGGUCACAACUUGAUAUUUUGGUUUUUAAAUAUAUCUGACAGAUCAAAACAUAGCUUGGUCAAUUGUUUUUUAAUUAUUGGGUGUUAUGCCCAUCAAUAUUUUUAAGAUGCUUAGAGCAGUGGUUCUGAACCUGGGGGGUCGCACGACCCUUUUACAGGGGUUGCCUAAGACCAUCUGAAAACACAUAUACUCCAGUUAUAAAGUAUUAAAGAAAAUAAUUUUGUGGUUAGGGGUCUCCACAACAUGAAGAAAUGUAUUAAAGGUUGAGAACCACUGGCUUAGAGGUAUGUUUUGAUUCUUUAAUUUAACCCUUUUUGUGCGAUUCUUUAUAGCACCUUUCUGCAGUGUCCUUUCUAAUAUGAUUGGCAUGCUUUCACAAAGGUGUUAAAGUAUAUGGUAUUUUUAAAUUUUGUGCCAUUCACAGUGGUACUUUUAAGCUUACCAACAUUGAAUUAAGCCUCCGGCAAUUUAAGGAUUUCAUUUUAAUUUUUUUUCUGAGCUCCACAUGUAAUUAAAAGUAAAACCAUUUUUUCAGGACCUGGAAGGUAAAGUUAUUGUUGAUGAAUUGAAGCCUGAUGUAAUGGCAGCUGGAGCUGGUCGUGAACCUCCCCAAUGUCUAUCUCUGGCAUGGUCAUCUGAUGGACAAACACUGUUUGCUGGUUACAGUGACAAACUUAUCCGUGUGUGGCAAGUCUCCAUGGCUGCUAGAUAAAUCUUUCCCUAAGAAUGUUCUAGAGGAAGCUACCAAGUCAAUGUAAAAGAAAGUUGUAUUAAACAAUGAAUACCAUGAGAGUCUAUUUUAUUACAUUGUAAUGUUUUGUUAUUGUAGGCUUGUUUUGAAAAUAAGAAAACUUAAACAAUACAUUUUUGCAGAGUUACAGUUAAGUGAACACUUGUACUUCUAAAGUAACCUGUUGAUCUGAUGUGUUUCCUAUAGCUUAUUUGGUACUACUAACCAUGGUCAUUUAUUUAACCAUACACUGGAGAAAAGGGAGUGGGUGAAAUCAUUCAUUUCUAAAAGAACAGGGAUCAGCAACCUACAGCUCCUCUUACAUUUAUGGAAUGUUGAAAUAAUAGAUGCAGUUCUUUUUUAUAUUUAAUUUUAUACAAAUCUAUUACCAUGAAAUGGGGUGACUUUGCCUAUAUUUUGCCAUUAUGAAUAAAUUUCAACAUGUUAGCUGAUCUUAAAACUAACACAAAGGUGCUAAUGUACUUAGUGGGUAUCUGCACUUUGUUGUUAUAAAUAUAAUUGAAGUCAUGGUUUGAUCAGUUUAAGUUGAUAAUUAAGAUUUUUUUAGAUUUGUCAACCCAAGGAAAGAUGGGGUGACUUUGCCCUUUUAAAAGACAGCACAAUGUAUGUAGAAUUUAUCAAUGCAAACAAUUCAUUCACUUUCUUUACUGUUUGAUCAUAAUAUUUUAUUGUAAGGAAAGGUUGGGGGACAAUAACACCAUUACACAAAAAAUGAUUCUCAGUGAUCAAUUCUUUCGAGGCAAACCUUUGCAUUUACGCCAUCUGUUACUAUCAUUAGUAUCGUUGAUGGCUUGCAUUUAUGAAUUUGUCAGUAGACCAGAGAUCUCAAAUCGUCCGUGGGCCGCUGGAGGUAGAGUCUGAGUGAGACGGGCCACAUCUUUUCAAGUAUUACAUUUUUCACAAAAAAGUGAUUACAAAUCUAUAAAGCAUAUGUUACAAUCUGCUCAACCUUUGUUAAUAACAAAAAAGACCGUUCAAGUUAAAGGUUCUCAUGAACUAGGCUUCACUCACUUCCUCCUACUUGUUGCCAGACACCUGGAAGUGCUUCUUCAUUCUUCUUACACAUUUAGCUUGAGUGAGGAAAUAACUGAGACCCUCAGUAUAGCCUGAAGAUGCACAUCAACAUCAGUAAGUUUGGCCCUGAACGUUGACUUGUUACAGUACUCCCAAAAAGGCACAUAAUCUGCUUGAACAACCUGGAAAUCUCAGGGUAGGUGGAGUACAAGUCUCUCAUAAAUUGUCCAAGCUUGUCUUUAUUCCGUUGACCUCCCUGAACUUAGCCUUGAGUUUAGAAUUGCGUUGAAGAUCAAAUCGGCUCCAUUUUAAGCGCAUCUUCCACUGAAGGAGAAAGGGUCAGCAAUGUUUUUUAAAGCGGCUCUUUGUAUUUUGGAGUCUGCAAAUCUGUGAUCAAAUUUCUUCCUGGAGCUUUGCAAUGGCAUCAGUACACUUACUACUGAAUGAUGAAUGGUGUGCCAUGAGUCCAUGAGUACUUUGCAUGUUGGGAAAUGGCCUAGGUUUCUCUGAGAAAGCUGAGCUUUCCAUAACAGGUUUUGUGCAGAAUGUCCUUACAUUGUCAUAGGUAACAAUGACAAGCUACCCCUGGCCUUGUAACUUCUUGUUGAGUACAUUCAGCUCCUGUGUAAAGUCAACAGGACAAGCCAAGUCUGUGUGCAUUUGGGAUCACUUAGUAAUAGUAUAGGAACGACCAUGAGGGUUUUGAUUUCUACUCUCAGCUAAAGACACCUUUUCAAGAGGUUUCCCCUACUACGUUAACGCACCUCGUUGAAGUAGAUAAUUAAGGUAACAUCCUCAUAUGCUGACUAUUUCUUCUAAAAUAGGCGUGGAACUGCUGGUGCUUCAAGCUCCUGUGUCAGAUUGCUAUGAUUCACACACUCCACUUACUGACAUUUGUAAACUUUUGAUAUAUGUAUAGUAUAUACAAUAUUCAAAGUGUGUUUUCUCAAGGGGAAAAAGCUUGGCCCGCAUUAACACUAAACUUAACUGUCAGGUAUCGGACCGCAAAAUAUCAUUUUGUGGGUCGCGAGUUUGAGACCCCUGCUGUAGACUGUAAUUAUAAUGUCUUUUCUAUGAUCUCAGCUUAAACUUAACUUUGGCACACAACAUCCUGAUCUUGUUUAACAACAUCCAUUCACCAAGUAAGUCAUCUCAGAGUGUUAUCCUCGAAUCGUUCACCGCUAUUUGCCCUUCAUCAAGAUUUGUCCAUAAUAAAAAAAUUGAGGCCAAAUGUCAAUUUUUUCUACUGGAGGCAUUCCAAAUCUAUUUUUAGGUGCUUUACUAAAGUAAAUUUACUUUAUUUCUUCUGACUGAGAGUGAGAGCCUGCCCUUCAGUUGUUUUCUAGUGGCUUCUAUAACUAUAUAAAUAUAAGCUAGCAAAUAAUUUAUGGGCAUUUCCAAAAAAGAUGGUUAAAAAUCACAUAUGGGACUUAACAAUUAAGAUGGGUAAAAAUGAACAUAUUGAAAUUGCCACAGGUCUUUUCACUGCCUUUUUCUUAGCCAUUAUGCUAUUUUCAAGAUGAGAGUGAGGCUGACUCUCCCUCACUUCCAACAAAAUAAAGCUGCAGUCUAGGACACUACUUUUGUUGAUUAUUGCCAGUGCCAGUAAUUAAUACAUGUUACUAAUCUAUAGUGAUGUAUAGUAUAAUGUAUGGCUUCCCAAUUUAAAAAAAAAAAAAUGUUUCCUUAUACUUAUACACUUACAAACACCAUGCGAC